AUGGCAGCGAGCUCCUUCGGUGUAGCCGUCGCGCCGGUGCGGCAAGAUGGGCGCACGUUGGCGCAGGUCGCGGAUGGCCACGGCCGUGAAGCGGAGCACCGCGGCGAGCUCGUGCCGGCGCUUGGAAAGCAGCAGCCAUUUCAGGUGGGCGUGGGCCUGCUCACGGGCACGUUCAUUGUCCUCCUCAACUACGCCGUGCACUGGGAGGAGGACGUCUUCAGGAGCCUGCCUGAUCCGCUGCCAAGGUUCGCGCCCGCCAUUGCCGGCGCAAUGAUCGGCGGCCUGAUGCUGUUGCGGGGGCAGGGCAGGCUGGAGGGCGGGACGGACAUUCCGUCGCUGCGGGCGUCCAAUGCGCGGCCGCCCAAGGACUGGACGAUGGCACCCACGCGAGCAAUUGCGGCGGCCAUCACGCUCGGCGGCGGCAAUUCGCUAGGGCCCGAGGGGCCAAGCGUGGAGAUAGGUGCCAACGUGGCAGUCGUCCUCAGCGAGGCAUCCCUGGGCCGCGGCGGUCGCAGCGCCGAGGGGGACGACAGGGAGCGGGCGAACUUCGCCAUCCGGCAGAACCUGCUGGCCGCUGGCUGCGCCAGCGGCAUCGCAGCGGGCUUCAACGCGCCAGUGUCCGGCCUCUUCUUCGCGUUGGAGUCGGUGCGGCCCGAGGGCUCGCCCCGCUCCCGCUCCCUGGCGCCCUCCAUGCAGCUGCUGGCCGCGGUGCUGGCCGCCACGGUCUCGCAGCUGGGCCUGGGCUCCAACCCGGCUGUGAACCUCGACAAGGUGAAGUGGGAGCCCAGGGACUCGCUCUGGGAGCUCCCCCUCUUCCUGGUCCUGGGCGCCUGUGUGGGCGUGGCCGCGGCGGCGCUCAAGUUCGCCAUCAAGCUGGCCCGCGGCGGCUUCACGGAGCUCGAGAAGAGCAGCGUCCCGACCUGGGCCUUCCCAGUGCUGGCAGGCGGGAGCGGGAAGGGCAGCGGGCCGAUGGCCCCGAAGGCUCAGAUCCUGGACAGGCCAGAUCCUGGACAGGCUGGCCACCUCGGACUCUUCAUGACGAGGGAGCCGGGAGGACGUCUCAGGAUGCCCAAAAAGGACACAAACCCUGGACCAGAGUCCACCCGGGGCCCCGAGUGCCUGGGGCCGCUCCUCACCACCCGGGUUCUCUACAAGGGGUUCGAGAAUGUGAACCUCGUGCUGGCCAAGGCCGCGUGGCGCCUGGCUCAGCUGGGCGUCACGGCUGUCUCCGUGGACCAGGGGCCAGUGGCCGCCAGCGUGACCGCGUGA